UCCCCAGCAAGCGAGCGAGCGAGGACAUUCUUCUUCGCCUUUGCCCAACCUCUUUUUCCCAUUAUAUGUUCGCCCGAACUCUCAGACUUGCUCCAACUCUUCUUAAAACUCCCUUCGCCCAUACUCUCACCACUACUUCCAGGAUGUCUGCUCCUUACCAGGUUAUCGCUACUGACAAGGCCCCAGCUGCCAUCGGUCCUUACGUCCAGGCCGUCACUUACAACGGUCUCAUCUACUCUUCUGGUGCGAUCCCCCUUGACCCCCAGUCUAUGGAGGUUGUCCCCGGUGGUAUCGAGGCUCAGGCUACCCAAGUUUUCAAGAACAUCUCUGGUCUCCUCACCGCCUCUGGCAUCACCCCCGCCCAGGUCCUCAAGACCACCUGUUUCCUCAAGGACAUGAACGAUUUCGUCGCGUUCAACAAGAUUUACGCGGAGUUCUUUGGUGAGACCAAGCCCGCUAGGAGCUGUGUUGAGGUUGCCAGGUUGCCCAAGGAUGUCCUUGUUGAGAUUGAGUUCAUUGCUGUUUCCAAGCAGUAAACGGAUGUUUUAGGAAGGAUGUAGACAAGAAGAAAAGAUGGAUAGGCUGCAUGGUUAAGAGAUUCGUGACGCUGGCUCUGUUACUCCAUGAUAUUCCAUAAUGAACCAACCAGACAUUGGGUUGGUAAGAAAGCGAUUGCCCCUUCACAGCCACAGCUGUAAUAAUGCACGCC